ACAAAUAGAUUAGUAUUUUCUUUGUUAGUUGCGGUGGCUCUGAUAUUAUUGAAAAUCAUAUUUUUUAGGUUAUUUCUGAGUUAGCGCAAAUGAGAAUAAUAUUUUACAAAGAUCGAAACCCCAUCUUCAUUUAUUCUUAUCUAUCAUACUUAAUAAUAUAGCUAGAGCAUACCUCUGAAGGUAUUAAAUUUAAUUUUACGCAAGAAUAUUAAUAGUGGUGAAGACAUUAUUUGAAAAUUUGGAAACAGUAGGAAAUGGAAUAAGAUGCAAAUCGUGAAGUGAUAUAUCAAAAAACAUUAGCAGAGAAGGAGAAUGCUGCCCAGUGAAAAAACAAUAACUAUACACAAUACUUAUCUAAUUUAUUUCUAGAUAAAAAUGAAUGCAAGAUACACAAAAUUACUAGUGUUAAUAAUAACAAUUAUUAUAUUAUACAAGACAUUUCAUUAUUUCCAAUUAACUGAGGAUGGAAAUAUUGAGGAAGAAAUUGAGGAUAUAGGUAAAGUUACAGUAUCUGUACACUAUGAAGCCUUAUGUCCAGAUUCUAAGUUCUUUAUAUCACAUCAGUUGCUUCCAACAUACAGAGACCUUACAAAAUUUAUUAGUUUGGACUUAAUUCCAUAUGGAAAAGCACAGACAAUAGAAAAUGACAAUGAAAUAGAAUUCCAUUGUCAGCAUGAUGCCAUAGAAUGCUUUGCCAAUAAAAUACACGCUUGUGUAAUAGAGAAGAUAAACGAACCUUUAGUGCAGUUAGAGUAUAUAACGUGUAUGAUCAAAGAUAACCAUAUACCUGAUGAAGCUGGAGAGAAGUGUGGCAGGAGUUUAAACCUAGAUUACAGCCCAAUUUCAGAAUGUGCUAGUAAUGCUGAAGGAUCUAAAUUGCUUAAAAAACAUGGUGAAAGGACUAACUCUUUGAAUCCUCCGGUUAAAUUUAUCCCUACUAUAGAAUUGAAUGGUAGUCAAAAUUUGGUUAGCCAGCCACAAAUAUUGAAAGAUUUGAAAAGUGCUCUCUGUACAGUUUUGAAUUACAAACCUUCAAAAUGUUCAUAAAUUCAAGUGCCAAGUAUUUUAUUAAAUUUAUUCCACAAAAA